GGGAGAGCGGAUAUAGUGAAUGCAGGGUCCGGGAGACCGGAUAUAGUGAAUGCAGGGGUCCGGCGAGAGCAGAUAUAGUGAAUGCAGGGUCCGGGGAGACCGGAUAUAGUGAAUGCAGGGUCCGGCGAGAGCGGAUAUAGUGAAUGCAGGGUCCGGGGAGACCGGAUAUAGUGAAUGCAGGGUCCGGGGAGAGCGGAUAUAGUGAAUGCAGGGGUCUGGGGAGACCAGAUAUAGUGAAUGCAGGGUCCGGGGAGACCAGAUAUAGUGAAUGCAGGGUCCGGGGAGACCAGAUAUAGUGAAUGCAGGGUCCGGGGAGACCAGAUAUAGUAAAUGCAGGGUCCGGGGAGACCAGAUAUAGUGAAUGCAGGGUCCGGGGAGA